CCCGACAAGCGGCAGAGCUCAACAUUGUGGUUCCGGGUUCCUGGAGAUCACUGGGCCGCAGCGGCUGUUUUCCGUAAAUCGCCGCUGCGUUCGCUUCCGCUGCCUGCUAGAAACCCCCUCCUGAAAGUAGCCGGAGGUGAACUUGUAGAUAUGGAUGACCACCAUGAAGCAAUAGAUGAGAUGCGGUGUGCAACAUCACAAGAGAAAACAAAAGUCAGAGAGGAAAGUAAAAGGAAACGGAAGCGAAGCAGAAGCAGAUCAUCCUCCAUCUCUUCCUCUACAUCUUCUAAUUCUUCUACAUCCUCGUCUUCAAGGUCUUCUUCCAGGUCUUCUGCCUCACAAAGCAGAAGCAGUUCAAGUAGCAGAGAUUCUUCAAAAGUAAAAGCUAAGAAGAGGAAAAAGGAAAAAAACAACAAAAAGGUAAAACUAAAAUUACUAAAAAUAUUAAGUAAAAAUACAGCAGUGAAAUGAACAGUACUGUCAUGUACACAUGAUUCACAUAAAGGAAAAGCUGUUAUGUCCCUAUUAAUUAUAUCAAAAUUAUCGUUUCUACUUUUGCACUCAAGUAUUAAUCAUGCUGCUUUAGAGCAACUGCCUCUUAACAUAUAUUGGCAACAUGAGUUUUCCCCAAUAGCGGUAAAUUAUCACUUUGGUCACUUUGAGCCCUGGUGGCAGAGUGGUUAGAAUGCAUUAUUGCAGGCUAACACUGUCCACUGCCAGGAGUUCAAUCCA